CCUUGAUCAACCUGCUAGCUAGCAUUCACUAGAUGGCUUCAAAAAGAAUUGAGAUCGCUCUAACUCUGACUUUGGUGCUCGUGUUCGUGCAAUGGGAUGGAGUCAGAGCACAAUCAGGCUGCACUACUGCACUGGUGAGCUUGUCCCCAUGUCUAAAUUAUGUUACUGGAAACACAACAACUCCCUCGACAUCUUGUUGCUUACAGCUAUCAAGGGUUGUUGCAUCACAGCCGCGAUGCCUGUGCUCUGUUCUAAAUGGUGGUGGCUCCUCUUUUGGUGUUUCUAUUAACCAAACUCAGGCUGUUGCACUUCCUAGUGCAUGCAAUGUGCAAACUCCUCCUGUUAGCCGCUGCAACGGUGGUGCAAAUGGACCAGCAGCUUCGCCUGCUGAUAGUCCUCCAGCGGACUCUUCUAAAGGAUCACCAGACAUUCCUUCAGGAACAGGGUCAAAGGCCAGUGGUGGUGGCACAUCUGAUGGAAGCAUUGUGGAACUCACAGUUACUUGGAUCUUCACUGUUGCAUUCACUGCUUUUGCAUCAACAUUCUUUUAGAUUUAAGUGUUUUUUAGGAGUUUUGAACAUUUUAAGUUGUUCUUUUCCAUGAAUGAUGAUUUUAUUAUUGAUUUUGUCCCCAAAAUUGUAGUACCAGCUAUGAGUGCAUGUCCUGUAUUGUGUCAACACUUACUAUUGAGUUAUUCAUCGAGUCUUGGAUAGCC